ACUCACCAUGACGUUUCUGACCUUGGAGCCAGAGCUUUCAUGUCCUUGUGCACCGUGACUGAUUGUCGCAAAAGAGAGGAUCUAACUUAAGUCAAUGUUCGAGUUUAGAUCCAGUAAAGCACUUCAGGUCUUAUCUUAAACGUGAUGUAGACAGUUCGUCUAGAACAUUAAUACUAUACCCGAGUUCCAAAUGAAGGGUGCUCUUGUAGCCAAAUAGCAGUUCUUGUAAGAGCAUCUCUUGUCUAGGUCUGUGAGUGGAGCAUCAGAAGGACCGAAGCCAGCAGGCAAGCAGGCUCAUUAACGGGAGGAACUGGAGACACAGAGGAGAAGCUGAGGUACUGACUGUGGGGGUUUGAGGAUCUGUGAACGGUUGAUUGGAGUGUAACCAAAUUUUGCUCAGACCUCAGUCAGUGCCAAGAUUCUUCCACUGAGGCGAGAGAAGGGAGUCGGCGGGCGAGACUUGGAUCGGUGCUAAGCUCAUCUCGGACGAUAGGGGGCGAAAAAGAAUUGUUUAUGAGCAGAUAGGGUUUCCCAGCUUGCAGUUUUGGACCGUGUGGGUUUGAGGUCGGAUCAACGACGUAUUUCGAUAUUCGUGUUUUGCAAUUUUGAGGAAGAGAGAAAUAAAAGAGAGCAAAGAUGCCGAAGAGGAAGACCGGAGCGAGGAAGAAGGCAGAGCAGUUGAAGGCGAGGCAGAAAGGCAUAGCAGCGAGACAAUUCACUGUGGAUUUAGGGAAGCAUCCAUGCAAUCAGAUCAUGACUUGUGAUUACUGCACCAGGGAGCAGAAGAAUCGUGCUUUCUGCUAUUUUUGUGCCAGUAAUCAGAAGACUCCAAUGUGUGCCCAGUGCGGAAAGACUAAGUGUAUGGCAGCUGCACCCGACUGCGCCGUGAGGCAUCCAGGCCGCAAUGUCACGGGUCUGGGAAUGGUUGGAUGCGUAUGUGAUUUCUGCGAGGCGUGGGUGUGCCACUCGAGAAAGUGCUUGACCACUCACUGCUGUUCUUGUCCACUUAUUGAUGCAACAUGCAUUGAGUGUGAACGUGUCGUGUGGGAGCAUGGAGGGCGUCUUUUUCGGUGUUUCUCCUGUGACAUGUGGCUAUGUGAAGAUGACCAGUUCGAGCAUCAAGCUUCGUGUCAACAGCUUGAUAGUGAAACAUUUCACUGCCUCUCCUGCAAUCGAAUGGGAAUAUACACAUGUCUUCGAUGCAAGAUUUGCUUCUGUGAUGAGCACGUGAAAGGGCUGACGAAUGUUAAUAAGCGUGGAGAGGCUUUGGCAUGUAAAAAAUGUAACUAUCCUUUGAAGGAAACGAAAGAUAUCAGUGUCUCGGUGCGACAACACAAAUAUGGACGCCAGGGGACAGGUGUGGGAGAUGAAGGGUACUAUGGCGGGGGUGGCUAUGGUGGUGGAGGAGACGAUGAAGAUAGCGGGUUUUCAGGUUAUGGGGGCUUCAGUUAUGGUGGUGGUAAAGCCAAUGCCUCGGACGAUGAUGAGGAUGAUGAGGACGAAGAUGAGGACGAUAAGGACGAUGAUGAAGAAGACGACGAUGAUGAGGACGACGAUGGGGAGAAUGACGAUACCGUGGGCAUGGCUUCUUUAAACAUUAAAGAGUUUCGGAUAGAAGGUGGGGGCACUGUUAAGGGCAGCUCCUCGAAAUAGAUGCAGUCUCAUGUGACUCAUCACUGAGCAGAUUCCGAGAAUUGUUUGGCAAGUUGUUGCGGCUUAUGGUUCCAGCUUUGGAAGUUUUGGGUCAAUUAAUCAUGCUUGCUUCUUCUGGAGGCAGGACUUCACCAUACGAUUCUCAUGGUGUUGAUGGUCGAGGACAUAUGCUUUAACAACGUUGCUAUAAACAUAGACAGUUAUGUGCACAUAUGUCUGACUUUUCAGGCAUUUACAAUUAUUAACGAGAUAACUAUAUCCAUGAUUGAUUUAUGAUAAUCAAUCAGGACAAGAAGAGCCUGAAUGUUCGAAGCACUGUACGUAUUAAGGGUAAAGACUCAACCCUCCGCAACUCUGUCUGCUUGUAAGCAGUAAACUUGGUGUCGAUGGUGCAGAAAUCACUCAACUCUUUUGAUUUCUGCGUUUCGUUGGAUUCAAUAUCAGCUGAUCAUCCCAGCAAUAUGUCGUUGCUGGUUCAAUUGGUGUACACGUAGACUUCCCCAUCAUCGUGAAUUAUGACCCUUGGCUGGUGACACAUGAAGCCUGUUUCGUGCAAGAUGUUUCUCUGGUUGUUGGAAGGGCCUGCCCCAUAUCUUGUGUUAGCAUGUUCCUAUGUCAGAAGUCACAUGAAGAGUAGCCACAUUGCAUUGCGACUUGAUGACCUCUUGUGUCUGGACUGAAGCUGAGGUAGCUAUCCCGUUUACAGGUGGAGUUUGUGACCAAUUAUAACUCUCAUAUCAAGAGCUUACUUUGAAUGUCCAUUUCCAGGUGACAGAUUGUCACACGGAUAUCGACUUCUAGAGGGUAGUUCGUACAUUUAUGGUCUGACUCCACCAUUUCUACAUUCUGAGGACUCGAAGAACGUUAUUGAGCACAGGUGCACCAUAUUGGAUAUUGGGAUUUAGAAACAAAAUUGGAACUCGGUUGUGCAAAAUAAGAAAUCUUCCCAUGGAGAAUUGAAUGAACA